AUGCCUGGCUAUUUCCCAAAGGGGAUGGGAUGGCCAAAGAUCGCUAAAACUACGCCUGGUCUGAUUCGUGUCACGGCUUAUAAACACCUGCAUCGGUACAUGCCUGCUAUGGAUCAGGCAAUUAUCUCGCAGCUGCAGACCCUAAACUUCAAAGACGGAGAAUGCCGCAUUGGCUGUUUUGACUUGGCAUACUCGAUCGUAGCCCGCAGUGGUAGCUUUGCUAUUGUCGGUUCGCGGCUUUCUCAGAAUGAGGAAUAUCUCAAAGCUGUCAAGGAUCACAUCCUUGGGAUGAUAGUGACCACUCGUGCACAAUUUCUCAUUCCAGAUUUCCUAAAACCCUAUAUUGGUAGCCUCAUCAGUCGUCUCGCCACUCUUGGGACUAGUUGGGAUAUGCACGCCUCGCGCAAGAUUCUGCUCAAGCACUUCGAUGCACGCGCGGCAGAAUAUCACACCGAUAUAUUUAGUGACAAUGGACCUAGUGAGAUUAAUCUCGAUGAAUCCGAAGAUCCGGUUGAAAUCUUCCAAUGGCUGUAUGAGAGCAGCAUUCUUCGGAAGCGAUGGACAUACACAGAGGUGAUAGGGGAAAUGCUACUUUUGCAAUUCGCUUUCAUCUAUACCACGUCCUAUGGGCUCUACGGCGCCUUGAUUGAGCUAGCUCGGCGUCCCGAGUACAUCGCGCCCCUGCGUGAGGAGAUUAGUUUGGUUUUUUCCGAAAUGGGACCAACCGUUCCAGCCUGUGAUGGCAUGGUUUUGACAGAUAGCUUCUUGAAGGAAUGCCAGCGGCUGCAUCCCCCUUCAGCACUCUCUGCCCAUCGGGUCUGCGUCACUGACCUCAAGCUAUCUAAUGGCAUCACCCUCAAGCAGGGUUCCCACGUUGCGGUCCCAAGUGGAAUCAUCCAACGAUCCAGCGAGCACUAUGCAAACCCCGACGGAUUCGACGGUUUCCGGUUCGCCAAGCGUGCAGCAGCUGGAGCCAAGGACUCCCGGCUAGUCGACCUGAGCCCUGACUAUCUGGUAUUUGGAAUGGGCGCACAUGCCUGCCCUGGACGAUGGAUGGCUACUGCACUCAUGAAACUCGCCUUCGCGCAUAUCCUGAAUCAGUAUGAUAUACUCCUGCCUAAUUCGGCUUCCGCUCCCUUGACCGGCUCCCUUUCAUUCGAGGAGUUCUAUGUGCCCAACUUCGGGCUGAAAAUUGCUCUGCGACAGCGCUAG